CGCUCCGCGCCUCACUCGAAACUGAUUAAAUGCUGCCGUCCAACCAUCUCUCUUGACCCUAUUCUUUGGCUUCCCAUGCCUUUUAUUGAACGUAGUCGCUGCCUUAGAUAUAGGCUGGGCUGGCUUCCAAACAACUAUUCCGCCCAUUGCCUGCAUCACCCAUCACGCACUCUCACGAAAGACCAUGCCAUCGAAUGCCUCAAUAUGCAC